AUGGCGAAAUUUAAACGAUUUUUUUCCAAACUACUAGUGCUCUUGGCGCUUUUGGCUUUGUGUGUCGAGGGGCAACAGCAGCAAAAGAUGAGUGACAAGCGCCAAAAGUCGGAUCAAGUUCACAAACAAAAACCAAUAAGUCAAAUAAUUAAAGAACGACCGGUGAACACUCAAAAGCUCCGUUACAUUACAAAGGAAAUUCCCAACUUGGGACGCCUUCGGGGCCGUGCAUUUAAAACGGUAUGGUCAGGUGAAAACAUAAUGCAAUUUCUUGACAUUCCCUAUGCAAAGUCUCCAGUUGGUUCGUUGCGCUUUAAGCCUCCUGUGCCAGCAGAGCCGUGGGAGGGAACACUGAAUGCUCACAAAGCUCAUGUGGGUUGUCCAUCUCUUCAAGAUUUACACAAACUUAAGCUUUGGCGAAAGGAGAAAAUUGACUUUGAAAACUGUCUGCGUUUAACUAUCAAUACGAAAAAUUUCAGUGGAAAUGCACCCGUCAUGGUUUACAUUCAUGGCGACUUUCUUUAUGAAGGUAGCAGCACAGAGGCAACUCCUGGAUAUUUAUUAGAAGAAGAUAUUGUGUUAGUCUCUGUACGUUAUCGUUUGGGUCCAUUUGGUUUCUUGUCAACGAUGACCGAUGAAAUACCCGGAAAUGCCGCAGUGCAAGACGUUAUUUUGGCGCUAAAAUGGAUUCAACAGUACAUUGCAGGUUUUGGAGGUGAUCCUACUCGGGUUACCCUUUUUGGUCAAGUUGGUGGAUCAGCUUUGAUUAAUGUAUUAACUAUGACUCCAGCAGUUCCCGAUGGUCUAUUUCAUCGCGUUAUUUAUCAAUCCGGUACGGCGUUAUCUCCCGCUUUCAUUACUGAUAAUCCACUCCCUGCAAGUAAAGAUAUAGCGAAAUACGCAGGCUGCAAGAAUAUUAGAAAAGUAGAAGCGAUCAAUAAGUGUUUGCGAAAAAUGAAUACCACCACUCUAUUGAAUGCAUUCAGUGCACAUGGCGACGCCAAUGCACAUUUGGGGGUUGGCAAUUAUGGAGGCGUUCAAUUCGUUAUCGGUGGCCCAUCGGGAAUCCUACCAAAACAUCCAAGCGAACUAUUAGCAUCCGGAGAGUUUAAAGCAUAUCCCACACUCGGUGGUAGCGUUAAAAAUGGCGGCACAUUUUUGCUCAAAGAUAUUUAUAUUGAUAACUUCAAUGAGACUAUUAUUGAUGAUCAACUUGAUGGCAUGGGCUAUAUUGACCACAUAAUAGCCCAGACUAAUGGCGACGAUCCUACUGGUGCUUGGAGAAAAUUUGCACGAGAUGCAGUUUUCACAAAUGAAGAGAUCAAGAAUGGAUCCUUUUACAAACUCGUCCCAGGGCUGAUUGAUUUGUGCAGCACUAUACCAUUUAAAAACCCUGUUCUAUUGACCUUACAAGCGAAUGCAAAGAAACUUCCAAAUAGCACUUAUCUUUUCACAUUCGAUUAUGAAGGCGAACUAAACCGUUAUUCUGUUAGCGAAGAUGUGGAUGGUUCAGCGCCUUUUGGCCUUGGUGUCUCAUUAACCGACGACAAUUUGUAUCUUUUCCCCUGGCCAAGACAAAAAUCUUUAAAUCUAAAUCGUGACAUUAAAGUUGCUCAACGAAUGGUGGCCUUUUGGACGUCGUUCGCAGCCAAUGGCGUACCAACUGCACCAAACACACCCGCAUGGCCAGCUAUGACAGCAGAAACUGGUCCAUACUUAAAAAUCGGUCGUAUUGUAACAGUGGGUGAAAACUACAUUGAUGAAUAUAAUAUUGCUGUAAAGGAGACUCGGCAGGGAUAUAACUUGGUUAACGACGACUUCUUUGGCAGUUUAGUAGAAGUAACUGAAUCUGAAAAAGACGCUGAUGAAGAUAAUGAUAAGGAGGAUAUUGGUAGAAACUUAAACUUUGUAUUCAUAGCGAAUAGUGGUGCACGAUUUGGUUUAACUAACUACGAAUAAAUCUGAUUGUGAUGCUAAAAAUAAAAUUAUUUAUAUAGUUACUUAUGUACGA